AUGGUUCUGUUUCGAUUUGAGCUGGCCGAGCUCGAAUGGCUCUCUCAUAAGAUCGACAUGGAGCGGAAGGGCAAGGUCCUGCCAGACGAAGAAGGCACACCGUCUGCCUCUUCUUCUACCCGACCCAAGAGACGAACGCCAACCGCUCGAGCGACCGACAUGGACCGCGAGGACGAGCUCCCAACGGACGAUGAAGACGUACCCGCAGCAUCUUCAUCAGCUCCGGCCAAGAGACGAACGCCAACUACUCGAGCGACCGACAUGGACCGCGAGGACGAGCUCCCAACGGAUGAUGAAUACCUACCCGCAGCAUCUUCAUCAGCUCCCGGCAAAAGACGUAUCAUAACCCCGCGCAAGGGCCGACGUGUUCCAACUCCCACCGUACCAACGGAUGACGAGGUCGAAUCGAGCAUGCCUGUCCAGUCCAGUGCAGCUGGACCCUCUUCGAGGAGGAGAACCUUAGCGUCAGUCAACACCCCGACCCCAGGGGGAAGCGCGGGUAAGCGACCAGCCCCGCCGGAAUUUGACUCAGACGAGGUUGAGGAGGUGCCACCCCCAUACCACUCCCAUCCCGGCUUCCCGAAGCCAGAACGUGACAACAACCGUCGCCCUGCGAAGCGAUCUAAAGGGUCCGGGGCCGGAGCCAAGAGGUACUACGUGGUGAUCGAGGGCUUCGAGAGAGGUAUCAUCUACGACACCUGGCAGGGCUGUAGACACGUCAUCGACCGGUACCCCGGAUCUGUGCACUUCAGCGCCCCGACUAAGGCUGUGGCGAUCAAGCUGUGGAGGGAGAACACAGAUGCGCCGGUUCCCGACGUGAAGCUGAGGACCGAAUUGACCAAGGAAGACUGCGUGGGUCCGGAGCACAACCUGCCGACGUACUACAACCCCAGCAGUCCCAAGUUGCAGCCUUUCUCGUGGCCCAAGGCCAUACGGGUCUUCGUGAGUGAGUACUCGCGACUCAGCAACAAGCUCGAGACGGCGAGCUUGAAGGACGAUAUACGCGGCUUCCUCACUGAGUGCAAUGCCUUGGUCAGUCCAAGCGCGAGCAAGAGACUCGAUGCUUUGGUGAGGAACCACAUUACGAUGAUCGAUGGGUUGAAGCAAGACCACAAGCUGGAGGUCAAGCGCCUUACCGAUGAACUGACGACACUGAAGAUGGUGAUCUACGACCGUCUCCAAGAUUCGCAGCGAUACUAG